UUCCGGUUACUGGUGCAAGCUGCCGGAAGAAGCUUUGCGUUCAGUGCGGGUCUCCUCGUGUCCGCCCAGCGCAGUGUCCUGGCCGGCAGCAAAUGAACCACAUGUCGUCCCGGCAGGCUCCAGAGGACGAGCAGGGCGGCGGCGAUCCCCCCGGGGACCUCCGCAGCGUCUUGGUUACCAGUGUGCUCAGCCUCGAGCCGCUAGACGAGGAUCUGUUCAGAGGAAGACAUUACUGGGUACCCACAACCCAGCGGCUGUUUGGGGGUCAGAUUGUGGGCCAGGCCCUGGUGGCUGCAGCCAAGUCUGUGAGUGAAGACAUCCAUGUGCAUUCCCUGCACUGCUACUUUGUACGGGCAGGGGACCCCAAGGUGCCAGUGCUGUACCAGGUGGAGCGGACGCGGACAGGGACGAGCUUCUCGGUGCGCUCGGUGAAGGCCGUGCAGCACGGCAAGCCGAUCUUCAUCUGCCAGGCCUCCUUCCAGCAGGCUCAGCCCAGCCCUGUGCGGCACCAGUUCUCCAUGCCCAGCGUGCCCCCGCCGGAAGAGCUGCUGGACCACAAGGCCCUCAUCGACCAGUACUUAAGGGACCCCAACCUCCAAGAGAAGUACCUACUGGGACUGAACCGAAUUGCUGCCAAGGAGGUGCCCAUUGAGAUCAAGCCAAUAAAGCCGCCUACCCUGAGCCAGCCGCAGAGCCUGGAGGCCAAACAGAUGUUCUGGGUGCGAGCCCAGGGCCAUAUUGGCAGCCCCUCUCUGCCCACCUCCCCGCAGGUCCUGAGCUGUAAAGCCCAGGGGCCCAGGGCUGACGGGGCCCGCACGCGUUGCAGGGGAGGGCGACAUGAAGAUGCACUGCUGCGUGGCUGCCUACAUCUCAGACUAUGCCUUCCUGGGCACAGUGAUGCUGCCCCACCACUGGCAGCACCGGGUGCGCUUCAUGGUCUCCCUGGACCACUCCAUGUGGUUCCACACCCCCUUCCGAGCUGACCACUGGAUGCUCUAUGAGUGCGAGAGCCCCUGGGCUGGUGGCUCCCGGGGGCUGGUCCAAGGGCGGCUAUGGCGUCGGGACGGCGUCCUGGCUGUGUCCUGUGCCCAGGAGGGCGUGAUCCGAGUGAAGCCCGGGGUCUCAGAGAGCAAGCUGUAGCCAGAGGGACCAGCUUGGCCUGGGGCUUCAAGGAUCACCCUUCUCCCCCCAACUCCUUACAGUCGAGGGCUGGGCCUUCUGUCCCCAAACCCAAUAAAAAGACUAAUACCACUGGA